AAUGACUGGAGCGGUGUGACAGGCAAUCCUGUCAAGUUCGGCCUCAGCAACAUUACCAUUAUCUUUGAUGUCGUCUUCAUAUUCCAGCAUUUUGUGCUGUAUCGACAUGCGGGGAAGCAAGUGGAGGAUCAGGAAGAGUGGGAUAGCGAGCGAGAACACCUUGUUUCUGAGCGUGUUGAAUAGAUGUUGAAGUUUGGUAUCACAACCGCUUCCCCGUCACGUCAGUUCAUAGCGUCUCUUCUGACAUUGGCACUUUCAAUGAUUCCAUGGGUCUACGGUCCCGGCCGUGCGUCAUAUCCAGUAGUUGAGUCGACCACGGGAAGAAAGCGCCCCUUAGCGUCAAUGCGGGAUUCGGAUGUGAGAUCCGCAAGGUGCAACAAGCCGCGCAACAUCCACAAAAUAAGAAAGCGCACUAGACUCUGCCGCGGACGCCGAGGAUUUCGCAAUUUUCCAGACGUCUGCAAAAUUGCGUUGUUGUGUUGAACUAGUACCGUGUUGGUGGGAUUUCACCAACCCACGCUUGUUUUAGGCUUUCAGCUUGCCUCGUUUUGUCAAUAUCUCCGAGAGCCGACGACCAACGAUAAUGCAUACAUGGGUUG